UCCAUCUUUGUUGGCAAACUUUCUUGGGGUGUUGAUGACGAGCGACUAGCGACCGAGUUCGCUGAAUGCGGCGAGGUCGUUUCUGCCCACGUUCAGCUUGACCGCAACACGGGCAAGUCUCGUGGAUUCGGAUACGUACACUUCACCUCGGCAGACGCAGUGGAGAAAGCACUAGAAAUGUCUGGUCAUGAGAUCGACGGACGUGCUAUAUUCGUCGACAGAUCGCAACCCCCCUCUGCAGAUCGCACGGCUGGUCGAGCCAGGAAGUUUGGUGAUGAGACAAGCGAACCGAGCAGCACGCUCUUCUUGGGUAACCUCAGCUUCGAUGCGAACGAGGACAACGUGUGGGAGUUCUUCAACGAGUAUGGCGUGAAGAACGUCCGACUUCCAACGGACCGGGACACCGGGCGCAUGAAAGGGUUUGGAUACGUUAAGUUUGAGGAUAUUGAGGAUGCGAAGAAAGCAUUUACCGCCGCGCAAGGUCAGGAGAUCGCUGGUAGGACUAUCCGGGUUGACUAUUCGCAACCGCGUGAUGCUUCUGGUGGUGGCGGACGUGGAAGAGGUGGAGGCCGUGGAUUUGGUGAUCGCGGUGGACGCGGCGGCGGUAGAGGGUUUGGUGAUCGUGGCGGACGUGGUGGUGGCAGAGGAUUUGGUGGCGACCGUGGCGGACGCGGUGGAAGGGGCGGACGAGGAGGAUUUAAUCCUCGGUCAGGCGGUAUCAUGCCUUUCGAAAACAAAAAGAUCACAUUCUAA